UGUGAAUCCGUUUUUCCUGUCUCGCUCAAUAAUGCCUAGGAUCUUGUCUGACACAGAUAAGUGAUUCCCAAGCAUUUCAUAGUUCCAAUAUUGAGAUAAUGGGUUGAAGUAAGAAAGAGCCAUGGAGGGGGGAGGGGGGGAAAGUACGUUGGAAGAAAUGUAUAUAUUCAUCGACAUUUCCCUCUUCUUUUCCCUCUCAUCAUUCAAUCAACAAACAAUCAAAUAACCAAUUCAAUACACCUCGCUUCCUUCCAACAACAUAACAACAACAUCUCACACCUAAAAAACCAAUCAACCACCACAAAAAUCAUCAUGUCUUCCACCACUCAACAAUCACGUCUUGGUAAGCUUUCAUUCAUCUUCAUCUCACAUAAUCAUAUACUAACAAACUCACCAGACCGUGCCUACUCCACCUCAUCCUCCUCCUCCAGCACAUCUAACGAUGGCUGGCUCGUACUCAAUGGAGAUAGUUCCUCCAGCGUCAGCACCCCCAGCGAAGCCAGCGAUGCAUACAACCCAUACCUUCAACUUUCCCCCGUCACCCGUCCAACAUUCAGACCAACCGAGAAUGCUGAGGACAGACAAAGAUUGUUCUUAUUGAGAGCACGAGACAACUAGAUGGUUCUGAUUUUUUGGAUUGGGAGUACAGGAUUGGAUUACAUGACUUGACUGCAUGGGAGAUUGAUAGAGGUAGAAAUUGCCAUUUGCAUUUGUUACCUUUCUCGGAUUACAGAGUGAAAGGAUACUGGCGAAAAUUGGGUUGCUUUUGAUGCAAAGGUUUUGGGGUAUUUGGCUUGGGUUUGAAGAGAUAAGAUAUCAGUGUUCUCUUGUGAUAGAUGAAUAAAUGAAAAUAAGAUAUAAUUUCGAAAAAG